CGCUCGCACUCCAAGUCAAUCCACAAAGUCAAGCCGUCGUCACUUGUUUCUUCAAAAUAGAGUAUUCUACGGGUGCUCUACUUUUGCCCCUUCCCCCUUCAAAAACCCUCGAGUCGCAGUAAAAAAAACUUGGAAAACAAUCAAAAAAAUUAUAAAAACCCGCCAAACACAUCCACCCGAAGUCACCCUCUCCGACCUCACACGACUGACACGUUCAAACUUUCUCGGUCGCGACAUCAGCCCCUCGUUUGCUCAAGGGACUUUUCACUAUCGUGCGCAUCCACGAGAACGCCUCUCGCCGCUGCACGCUCCCUAACGUAUAGCGCAGACGCCGUUUCAAUCGCCUUGCCAGUCACGCACCGACUGUACACCGCAAUUCACGGUCUCCCGACAUUCAAAAGCGUCAGUUUCUCCUCCUUGCCUCCCCUUGCAUCGACGACAAGACAACGCGACCCAAGAUCGCAAGCGCAAGUCGAGCUGACCUUUGCUCGUGAACGACAGUACUGCAGCCAUCGACCCACGUCGCCGUCCGCUCAACCAAGAUGUCUGACGUCGCUCCUUCCUCCGUCACCGCCGACGCUCCUGCCAACGGCACCUCCAUCAACACCGAUGUCUCCACCACGGCAAGCGCCACUGGCGAUGUGCCCACCCCUACUUCGGCCGCUCCUUCCAGCACCCAUCACAACUCGGCCUCUCUCUAUGUCGGCGAGCUCGAUCCCUCCGUCACCGAGGCCAUGCUCUUCGAGCUGUUCUCGUCCGUUGGCCAGGUCGCCUCCAUCCGUGUUUGCCGUGACGCCGUUACCCGCCGCUCGCUCGGCUACGCGUAUGUGAACUACAACAACUCCGAGGACGGCGAGAAGGCCCUUGAGGAGCUCAACUACACCCUGAUCAAGGGGAAGCCCUGCCGCAUCAUGUGGUCACAACGUGACCCUGCCCUGCGAAAGACGGGCCAGGGCAAUGUCUUCAUCAAGAAUCUUGAUACCGCCAUCGACAACAAGGCUCUGCACGACACCUUUGCCGCUUUUGGCAACAUUCUCUCUUGCAAGGUUGCUCAGGAUGAACAGGGCAACUCAAAGGGCUACGGAUUCGUCCACUAUGAGACGGCUGAAGCUGCCAACGCUGCCAUCAAGCACGUCAACGGCAUGUUGUUGAAUGACAAGAAGGUCUACGUCGGCCAUCAUAUCCCCAAGAAGGAGCGCAUGAGCAAGUUUGAGGAGAUGAAAGCCAACUUCACCAACAUCUACGUCAAGAACGUCGAUAGCGAAGUCACCGAGGAGCAAUUCCGCAAGCUGUUCGAGAAGUACGGCCAGAUCACAUCGGCCUCUCUAGCGAUGGACCAGGAGACCGGCAAGCACCGAGGCUUUGGGUUCGUCAACUUUGCAAACCAUGCUGACGCCGCCAAGGCGGUAGAGGAGCUGAACGACAGCGAACUCAACGGUCAAAAGCUGUAUGUUGGCCGUGCUCAAAAGAAGCACGAGCGUGAGGAGGAGCUUCGCAAGCAGUACGAGGCUGCUCGUCUCGAGAAGCAGAACAAGUACCAGGGAGUCAAUCUCUACGUCAAGAACCUUUCUGAUGACGUUGAUGACGAGAAGCUACGCGAGAUGUUUGCUCCGUACGGCACUAUCACUUCGGCAAAGAUCAUGCGCGACACCAUCCCGGCCCGUGAAGGUGAAGAUGACGCCGAGAAGAACGAGGAAGAGAAGGAAGGUGAAGAGAAGAAGGAGGAUGGGGAAGAUGUUGAGAAGUUGACCAAGGAGAUGGAUAAGGUCACCAUCAAAGGCGAGAAGAAGAUCCUGGGCAAGAGCAAAGGCUUUGGCUUCGUCUGCUUCAGCAAUCCCGACGAGGCCACAAAGGCCGUGGGUGAAAUGAAUCAGAAGAUGAUAGACGGUAAGCCACUGUACGUCGCUUUGGCUCAGCGCAAGGAUGUGCGCAAGUCACAGCUCGAGGCGACGAUUCAGGCUCGAAACCAGAUGCGAAUUCAGCAAGCUGCCGCUCUCGGCUCAAUGCCACAGCAGUCGUUCAUGCAGCCGAACAUGUACUUCCCAGGCCAGCCAGGCUUCCCAGGAAUGCCUCCCGCCGCUCGUGGUCAAAUGCCGUUCCCUGCUGGCCUGCCUCAGCAAGGCGGACGCGGCUUCCCGGGUAUCCCACAACAAGGCGGACGUGGUGGGCCAAACAGCCAACAGAUGCCACCAAUGUAUGGUCUGCCACCCAACAUGCCUGGUGCCUACCCCAACUAUCCAGCCGCGUACCUCCAGAUGGCCCAAGCCGCUCAAGCUAUGGGUGGACGUGGCGGCGGUCGUGGCAUGAUGGGUAUGCCCGGUAUGCCUCAAGUUCCGAACAUGCCACAAGGUGGCAUGCGUAGCGGUGCAGCCGGCCAGCCUGGUCGUGGCGCUACGAGCGCUCGCGGGCAGAUGGCCGGCUUCCCAGGAGGUCGUGGUGCUGGUAACGGCCCAGCUGCUCCUAGUAUCGACAUGAAUGUUCUGAAUGCAGCGCCACCAAAUCAACAGAAGCAGAUGCUUGGCGAGGCUCUGUAUCCCAAGAUCCAUGAGCAGCAUCCCGAGCUUGCUGGAAAGAUCACUGGAAUGUUACUGGAGAUGGACAAUGCCGAACUCGUCAACCUGAUUUCUGAUGACAAUGCUCUCCGUAGCAAGGUCCAAGAGGCACUCACUGUCUAUGACGAAUAUAUCAAGAGUAAGGGUGGCGAGGGCGAAGAGGGCGCUAAGGCUGCUACCAAUGGCGUUGAUGCUGACAAGACUGAAUAGACGGACAAGUCUCUUCUCUUGCCGCUCCCGCGAUGGUCUGCGUCUAACGGUCCGACUUUCUCGCCCUCUUCGGCUUUUCCCCUCCGGCGUUUUCCAUUUGGCGUUAUAGUAGACGGAUGGAAAGGCAACGGCGUCCAAAAGUUUCGAAUAUUCAGCGGCUUUUCGUGAUCGGCAGCCCGACCGAAGCCCCAAGGAAGCUGGUACUUCAUUUUCAUUCGUCCUGACCUGGAACGUAGCUUCUCGCUUUCGACGGUGAUCGGUUACCAAAUCCAGAUCCAUUCUCCUUUGUUGUUUGUAUGCACUUUUUACUAUUACCACCAUUUCCCCUCCCCAAGUGGACGUUUUGUUUUUUUUCUCUCUCUCUUUUUUCGCCGUUGUUUGAUUUGCGCGAUACCCGAUGAACCUCAACUUUGCCCACCACAAACAUAGCUUUUGCACAUGGGAGGCAACUUAGUUGUUUAACUGGGGUUCGACGGCUUUGGGUUAUUUGUGGGAAAGGGGCCCAGGUAUUCAACAACACAGAUAUGCUCUCUUAUCUUGCGCAGAAGUAUUUUGGAGGUUCGUAGUCUGUGACGGUUGUUCUCAUAAGUUCAACUGUCACUGGCUUCUUGAUCUUUCGAUCCCCCACUCUUGUAUGAGCAUAUCCAUCUUCAUUCUACCUACAUCACGUAGUAAUGGAGACGAAGCAGUGGGCUCAAGAAGUUGGGAACUGUGUGGAUCUUUCUUUCACAGAAAGUUUGUAUUAUAGUUUAUGAUCACAGGUGGUAUGGAGGCGGCGGUUGUGGGCAGCAGUAUUUGAUAGACGGUGUGCGUGGUCAGGUAGGAUGAAUAAGAGACUGAUCAUCUUAGA